GCUGGGAGAAGCGGAGUGUUGGUGAGUGACGCGGCGGAGGUGUAGUUUGACGCGGUGUGUUACGUGGGGGAGAGAAUAAAACUCCAGCGAGAUCCGGGCCGCGAACGAAAGCAGUGACGGAGGAGCUUGUACCACCGGUAAUUUGUGGAUACUGUCCCAGUAGAACUUUUCUUGUUUUGAGGCAAACCAUUCAGAGACCCAAUUUUUCACUUCUUCGUACAUUUUGAAGUGCUGCUUAGAAAGUGUGUGUGCCGUCGAUGAGAACAAGUGAUAAUCUGAAGGAGCAAGGUCUGGUGAAUACAGGAGGUGGCUAAAUGACCAUGGAAUCUGGAGCAGAGAACCAGCAGAGUGGAGAUGCAGCUGUAACAGAAGCUGAAAACCAGCAAAUGACCGUUCAAGCCCAGCCACAGAUUGCCACAUUAGCCCAGGUAUCUAUGCCAGCAGCUCAUGCAACAUCAUCUGCUCCCACCGUAACAUUAGUACAGCUGCCCAAUGGGCAGACAGUUCAAGUCCAUGGAGUUAUUCAGGCGGCCCAGCCAUCAGUUAUUCAGUCUCCACAAGUCCAGACAGUUCAGUCUUCCUGUAAGGACUUAAAAAGACUUUUCUCCGGAACUCAGAUUUCAACUAUUGCAGAAAGUGAAGAUUCACAGGAGUCAGUGGAUAGUGUAACUGAUUCCCAAAAACGAAGAGAGAUUCUUUCAAGGAGGCCUUCCUACAGGAAAAUUUUGAAUGACUUAUCUUCUGAUGCACCAGGAGUGCCAAGAAUUGAAGAAGAGAAGUCUGAAGAGGAGACUUCAGCACCCGCCAUCACCACUGUAACGGUGCCAACGCCGAUUUACCAAACUAGCAGUGGACAGUAUAUUGCCAUUACCCAGGGAGGAGCAAUACAACUGGCUAACAAUGGUACCGAUGGGGUACAGGGCCUGCAAACAUUAACCAUGACCAAUGCAGCCGCCACUCAGCCGGGUACUACUAUUCUGCAGUAUGCACAGACCACUGAUGGACAGCAGAUCUUAGUGCCCAGCAACCAAGUUGUUGUUCAAGCGGCCUCUGGAGAUGUACAAACAUACCAGAUUCGCACAGCACCCACUAGCACCAUCGCCCCUGGAGUUGUUAUGGCAUCCUCUCCAGCGCUUCCUACACAGCCUGCUGAAGAAGCUGCACGAAAGAGAGAGGUUCGUCUGAUGAAGAACAGGGAAGCAGCACGAGAGUGUCGUAGAAAGAAGAAAGAAUAUGUGAAGUGUUUAGAAAACAGAGUGGCAGUGCUUGAAAACCAAAACAAGACACUGAUUGAGGAGCUAAAAGCACUUAAGGACCUUUACUGCCACAAAUCAGAUUAAUUUGGGAUUUAAAUCUCACCUGUUACAUUGGACAAAGAACUGGCUUGGCCACAACCAGAAAGACAAAAUAAACAUUUUAUUUUCUAAACAUUUCUUUUUUUCUAUGCGCAAAACUGCCUGAAAGCAACUACAGAAUUUCAUUCAUUUGUGCUUUUGCAUUAAACUGUGAAUGUUCCAACUCCUGCCUCCACUUCUCCCUUCAAGAAGUUUUCAGCACCAGGAAUCAUGAAGAGACUUCUGGAGUUCAUCCCCCAUCCUCCUUAAGAAGUAAUAAUUGAUUGACUUGUAAAUUGAUGGGGGAAAUGAGGAAAAGAAAAUUUUUUUAAUGAUUUCAAGGUUUGUGCCGAGCGCCUUGAUUGCCUUAGGGACAGAAUUACCCCAGCCUCUUGAGCUGAAGUAAUGUGUGGGCCACAUGCAUAAAGUAAGUAAGGUGCAAUGAAGUGAUUGCCAAAUUGACGUUUCCACAUUUUCAUUGUGAAUUAUGUAAAAUCAUUAAAAGAAAUACCCUCUAAAGAAUGGUGUUGAAGAAAGUAAGAAUGAAUUUGGAGUGCUUUCUAUGUACAAUUUCUUCAAUACUGAAAACGUCCUUGAUUCUUAAAAACAUUCUGUAUUAACUACAGCUCUUCCAUAGGGCAGUUGUUGCUUCUUAAUUUAGUUCUGUAUGUGUUCAGCAUUUUUGAAUACAUUAAAAGAAGUAACCAACUGAAUGAAAAGGCAUGGUAUUUUAAUUUUAAAUUAAAUUGAAAUAAAUGUAAGUACAAAUUUUGUUUUAGUUAGUACUAAAUUCUUAGUAAAAAGAUGCUCUACUCAAACCAGCCCUCUGAGUUAUAUAGCAAGGUUUUUAAAUAAAUGUUUUUGUCAUCGCCUUCAAAAAUAUUUAUAUUGUCACUCAUUUACUUAAAAACAAUUUCUAAUUAAACUGUUCCCAUUUGCACUUACAUUAUACCACCAAUAGGAAAGCCUUCAAAAUGUUAAGUAAAGCAAAGUGAUAUGUUUGUUUAUAAAAUGUGUUGUAGGAAAAUACUUAUUUUAAAUCUUUCCCGUAUUAACAUACUUUAACGGAAUAUCUCUACUGAAUUUUUUUAAUGAAGUUGUAAGAAUAUAGCUCUGAAAACUACACUAUUAGAUGUGACAAGGGAGGUAAUUUUCUUCAGACAUGUUUGAAUGACUGCUGUACUCUACAACAUUUAGAUUAUCAUUCUUGCUAAGUAUUUUUCUUCUUCUAAAAAGGAUAAUUAUGCUUUCAGUUUCCAGUAUGCUAUACUAGUAUAGUCUUUGUCACUCUGUAAAGGAGAUACCUGUUUUAACUCCUGACUGGAACAGUCUGUGCUUAUAUGUACCAUACAUUGUUUCCAAUGCUUUUUGUUAAUUACUCAUUUUAUCACUAAGCCUGAUAAAUCUAAAAAUUAUUCUUUAAUAGAAAAAUAAGACUAAUAAAAGAAAAAUAAAACUAAGGUGGAUUUUAAAAAUUGGAGACUGACAUAAUGUUAGAUAUAAUUUCUCAUUUGAGGUUAUUUCUUUUAGAAGAGAGUCAAGAAAAUUAAUAUUUUAUGUUUAGUUAUGAGUUAUUUUUUAAAGUUUACUUUGUUAAUGUGUUAAAAUAUGCAGAUGGGUGUUAAUUAUUGGGUCAAUUUUUUUUAAAGAAAAAUUUUUAAUUAAUAUUUGUAAAAGGUAUAUUUCUGUUUGUAACAAACCACUGCCUUUUUUCAAGGAUGAACAGAGUUUAUGAAGGAGCAUCAUUCUAAGAAUGGAGUGAUGUAGUAUAUUUGGACAAUAUACCAGAUGCUCAACAAGGCUUUCAAACAACUGUAAAGAUUGAUGUUUAUCCUGCUGAGCUAUUGGGGAAUGUUAUAGUAUAAAAAUUAUUUGUAUACCAGUAUAGAGAUGUCAUUUUUCAAAACUGGUUUAACAGAAACCAAGCAAAAUCGCAAAUUUGUUCACCAACUAGAAUUCUUUCGUAAUUAGUCAAAGUGAACAUUUUGAAUGUUAUAAGCUUUAUAAAUGAAAAUUGCCUAGUAUUUAGCAAGUUAUAAAUGAAAGCUACACAUUUUUCAAAAGUUAGGGCUUUCUAUUUAAUAAGAAAUUUGGUGGUCCUCUUAGUCCCUGAUGAAUCAAGGCAAUCACUUCCAUAUUAACUGGUUGGAUUUUUAAGUUAUAAAGACCAGGUCCUUUGUACCUUGAGGAUGAUUGCACUGGUUUGAAGGUAGUUACUUAAAUGGUGAGAUAACAAAUGUAUUCUGUUGCUAAUUCUGUUUUAGACCCUUGGAGAGACUUGAAGAUUUCAGUUUAUAGAAAUUAGGCAUCUUUUGUGCAGACCUUUUUUUUUAAACAAGAAUUGGGGGAAAGGUUAGUUUUUAUGCAUGCAACUUUGAGAAUUUUUAUUAAGAAAAUGACAUAAUGAAAAAAAAAAUUGUAGCCAAGAACAUAAAUGGCCAUGUUACCAGUAAUAAUUGUUUUUUUCUCUUCAUAUUGGCCAAAAGGGAAUGAAAAUGUUAUCAUAGGAAUUUGUACAUAUGCUACUGAUUUGCCUAGAAAAUAGUUUGGUAUCACUUUGCAAACAUAGGGCCAUGUGGCACUUUUAUCUAUAGGACAGAUGAAUAGAGAUGAAGUGGAUGGGUUUAUUUUUGAUAUUACUCUUAUUAGUUUUCAAGCUUUGAUAGUGUUUAACUGAAAAGUGGUUUAGAAAGGGCUAGAUCCAAUGUGUUCACAUUAAAAAAUUGAUAUCAGAUGUAAUUUUAAGUUCAUUUUUUUCAAACUCAAGUACCAUAUUGGCAACCAUAAUACUGUCAUGGGUGCUGUGUUCUUUAGAUAUUCUUGGGGGGGAAUGGCAUUUGUAUGAUAUAUGUGUACAUAUAUAUAUAUAUACAUACAGUAUAUAAUCUGAAGCUCUGAGAGCUCUUAAGUCAGGAAUGCCGAGUAUUAUAGUAUAUUGAAAUUAGGUGAAAUUUUACAUUUUUGCGUGUUCUAUUGCAUACCUUUUGGUAGUUUCUUGGACUGCAUUACUCCAGCACUCAUGAUUGAUUUUUGUCUUCUAAUUUUCUUCCAAGUGUUUUUUUUUUUUAAUUAUUAUUAUUGUUCGUUUUCUUUGGCUUGAUACUUUUAAACAUGUUACUAGUCACUUGAAAACUCCCUCCACCCAGAGUAUUUGGUUUUUAUCUUUGUCUCUGGCAGCUACAACAGUGGUUAAGAACAUUUAAAGAUAGCUUCUAGGAGGUACCGCUCCUAUUUCAGAAAUCAUCCUGGGGGAGGAGUUUUGGUCUUUUCAUUUGAGCAGGGAUUUGUCAGGAUGUGUGUUUUGAUGGAAGGUCAAUAGCAGUGCUAGUAUCUGAAAGCACAAUGCCAGCCAGGCAGGCUGUCCAAUCAGAAGUCAUCUGGCUGAAGUUUAUCUCUGGCUCUCAGGCCUUAUCCCUACUAUCAUUUUGACCAUUUGGGUGACAUGUGGAAUCAUACAAAGGCUUGGGAAGAAACAAGUUUGUUUAAACCAGGAUGCUUUUCCUUACUUGAAGUGACUUCAAUCUAGACUUCUUCUUUUCAUUUUUAUUGUUUUAAAUUCUGUGAUCAGCUACAGUCAGCAUAAAUUCGUCUCUUUAUUUUGAAGAUAAAAAAGGCUGCUUCAUUUUGCAGGAUUAAAUAAAGCUUUUAUCUUAAAGAUUUUUUUCAUUAAAGUGUGUUUUAGAAAGUGACUAUAUACAUUUUUAGUUAUUUUCAAAAGGCUUUAUUUUAUUGCCUUUGUAGCCCUGAAGACUGUUGGUAUAUUGUUUCCCAUUGAUUUAAUACAAAAGUUGUAUAUUUGUUUGGAUUAUAUUUACAUUAUAUUCUUUGUAAAUGUUUGGUGUAACUUGCACUUUUAAAAAUUACCCGGUUUGGGUAUUAUCAACUUGAGAAAUUCCCUCAUCAAUUAAUUGUCAACUGACUUUUUAUGUGUUUCUCCUUUCUUCAAAUAAUGGGACAUUUUUUAAAUGAAAACUUUUCAUUGAUUAAAAUAUUGUAGCACCUACAGUCUAGCCUUAUAGUUGUAAAAGAAAAAUACCAGUAAAUUAGAUCUAGCCCCAUUAAUUAGAAGAUGCGGCCUGAACCCUUAUUCGGUUUCAUCUUGGAUAAAGGUAGAAAGAAAAGCAACUCAAGUGAAUAAAUAUUUCCAAUUUUAAAUGAGUGUCUUAUCCUCACCCCAACAUUAAUACUAUUUAUAGGAUGCCAAGAUAUCCAUGGAUUUGUCCAGAAUGGUAAAAGAAUUUUCAAGGCAAUUAUUGUCAUAGUGGAGACCACAUGUAAUCAUUUGAGUAAAUUUAUUUCUCUUAAAAUUGGCCUGGUUAACAUUAAAGAGAUGCUGCUUAAAUUUGACUGAUUUCAGAUGAGGAGGGAGAAGGAAUUUCUUGGUAAGCCUUUAGAUCAGCGGUUCUCAACCUGUGGGUCGCGAACCCUUUGGGGGUCGAACGACCCGUUCACAGGGGUCGCCUAAGACCAUCGGAAAACACAUGUAUAAUUACAUAUUGUUUUUGUGAUUAAUCACUAUGCUUUAAUUAUGUUAAAUUUGUAACAAUGAGAUUGGGGGUCACCACAACAUGAGGAACUGUAUUAAAGGGUCGCGGCAUUAGGAAGGUUGAGAACCACUGCUUUAGAUGAAGAGCUGUGGGAUAAAAUUUGCUCACUCCGUUGUACAAAGCACAACCAGAACUUGUGAGUGGCUUACUUGAAGUGACUUCAUACAUCUUGAAUACUUUUAAUGUUGAUGUGUUGACUUUUUUAAGUUGACUGCACAGUCACUGUAUGUACUAGGAACUGGUUUCCUUGACUUUCUAGAAUCAUUGGCUAAGAGAGGCACUAAUCCCUGCGGGGUUGAACAUAUCCUGAAGCUGAGUCAGUAUGGAAGAAUUUAAAAUAAAUCAAACAGGGUGCUGCAGUUCCAUCUGUCUCAGGCUCACGGUAAGUUCUUACUGAUUAGUGAAUGUAGCUUAAGCCUUUGUCUGUGUCCUCAGGGGCAGACUUCAAGAGGGACCAGAUAACGUUUGAAUGGAGGGAUUAUAUUUCAGGUGUUUUAGCUUGAAAUUUAUUUUUUAAAAAAAUAAAAAUGGGGGGGGGGGGGUAAUAGAACAAAGCCUGUGAAGCAAAAUUGAUAUUAUAAAACAGGCAGAGUUGUUUAGCACAGAGAAAAUAUUGACCUGUCUGCAUUCUGGUACUGUGGGUGCAGGUCCUAGCUUGGUAUAACGAUACAUUUUUAAUUCUCACCAGCAAGGAAAAGGAAAAGGAACAGUCUUCAGAAAAUGUCUGCAAAGGGUCAAGCAGUAGAAAAUUCGAAUGUUACCGACUUUAUACAGGCAUUAUUUAAUGCUUGCCUACAGAAGUAUAGCAUUUCCAAGCUUCUGUCUGAGAAGCAUUUCAGAGAUGUGAAAGUAAAUCUGAGGUAGUUGAAAAAUUGGUAAGGACAGGAGAAAAUCCCUGCAGAUACGAUCUUACGUUAGUUGGCCAAGUGAAAUGAUCUAGCAUUGUGUUUGGGAGGUUUUAUUUUCUUACGUUUUUAAAAUUGAAUUGGUAAAUACUUUAUAGGCGUAUUUUUAUCCAGGUGCCACUCCAAUUUGUGUGUGUAAUAAAAUUAUUUAUAUUAAAAGUGGGAAAUAAUUUGUCAACAUUUUUCUGUGAGUAUAGAUUAGGGGUGGCAAAGAAGAGUGCUAGUUAGCAGUUUUCCAAUGUAAAGUUGUCCCUAACUGAUUUGUCCACAUGUUGGUUAUCAUCCCCACCCAAAAAAGGAAUUAUCCUAACCUGGAUGUAUCACUUGAAAAUUUUUAGAAACAAUAAUCAGGGAAGUUUCUAGAGAGUGUUUGCUUUUUUUGGUUUUCCUUUGAGGACUGGGGUAACAAAUACCUCCCCCAAAAAUUAUCAGCACAAAACAGGGUAUUGAUUUUCAACUCUGAUCUUGCUAUUGGAGUUGAAUACUAAAGAACUAUAAUGAGGAAAAUACAUUUCUAAUACAAUUUCCAACAUUCUAGAAACAUCCCUGUUUUAAUUUUUUUACUUAAAUCUUUUUGUGCUUUAUCUGUAAAGAAAUAAAAUGUACUGAAUUAUAAAGCAUUUUAUUAACACUAUGUACAUAGCUGCUUUGUGUUCAGAAUGGUAGCAUUGCUUUGUAUAUUAAAGUGAUCCUUGUGAAUUUGUGAAA